AGCAACAACACAGCUAAACGUUCAUUUUUGAUCGAACGUUGUGCUGACGAUCAUACCGCAGCAAACGGUCAUGCCGCAAACGGCUAUGCAGGACAGUUUGCGUAUGAUUGUGACGAUCCGAAUCAUGAGGAGGAACUUGCAGACGACGAUAACGAAGACGACGAGGAGAUUGCUAAAAAUGAUAAGAAUGAACCUCUGUCGGCAUUCCUCCAUCGUCAACUUCAGAAUGUCAUCCACUUCUUCGUUGAAGACUGGUUCCUGUCGGCGAUGUUAGGUGUAAUAACGGCUGUGCUGUCAAUUUCAGUUGACGUCGCCAUUGAAUAUCUGCAACAGUUUAGAUUAAUUUUAUACGAACAUGCGCUGAAGUUCCAUGCAUACAGUGCAGCGAUCUGCUGGAUUCUAUAUAUAACACUCAUGACUGGCGGAGCGGCUGCAGUCUGUCAUGCGUUCUCGAAACAUGCCGUUGGCUCUGGCAUUCCAGAGGUCAAAGUUAUUAUGCACGGAUUUGUGAUGAAGAAUUAUUUGACUUUCAAAACGCUGAUUGUCAAAAUGAUUUCAUUGACGUUAGCGCUCGGAAGUGGCCUUCCGAUAGGAAAAGAGUUGUCAGAAUUUCAUGGCUUUUUGUACGCCCACUGCAAUUCAGUGAUUCUUCAAGUCUUGACCACCAGAUUAGUUAUUCUCAUAAGAUGA